GCGGCUCCUGGGGCAGCGCGACGCGGGAGGGCGGCCGAGGCCGGCGGCGCCGCGGCAUGAGGAAGCGGGCCGAGCCCGUGGCCCUGGAGCAUGAGCGCCGCGCCGCCUCGGGCUCGCCCUCCGGCCCGGCCGCCGCGGCGCUGGACGCCGCCUGCCGCCUGGGGCGCCACCUGCGGCUGCCGGGCGCGGGCCCUGCGGAGCCGCGCGGCGCGGACGCGGGCAUGAAGCGGGCGCUGGGCAGGCGAAAGGGUGUGUGGUUCCGGCUGAGGAAGAUCCUUCUCUUUGUUUUGGGCUUGUACAUUGCCAUUCCAUUUCUCAUCAAACUAUGUCCUGGGAUACAAGCCAAAUUGAUUUUCUUGAAUUUUGUGCGGGUUCCCUACUUCAUCGACUUGAAAAACCCACAGGAUCAGGGUCUGAAUCACACCUGUAAUUACUACCUCCAGCCAGAAGACGACGUGACCAUUGGCGUGUGGCAUACCGUUCCUGCCGCCUGGUGGAAGAACGCGCAGGGCAAGGGCCAGCUGUGGUACGAGGACGCCCUGGCCUCCAGCCACGCCAUCAUCCUCUACCUGCACGGCAACGCAGGGACCAGAGGAGGCGACCACCGGGUGGAGCUUUACAAGGUGCUGAGCUCCCUGGGCUUCCACGUGGUCACCUUUGACUACAGAGGCUGGGGUGACUCGGUGGGGACGCCAUCGGAGCCGGCCAUGACCUACGACGCGCUGCACGUGUUUGAUUGGAUCAAGGCCAGAAGCGGCGACAACCCGGUGUACAUCUGGGGCCACUCCUUAGGCACUGGAGUAGCGACGAAUCUGGUGCGGCGCCUGUGUGAGCGAGAGACCCCUCCUGAUGCCCUCAUAUUGGAGUCACCGUUCACCAAUAUCCGUGAAGAAGCCAAGAGCCAUCCGUUCUCAGUGAUCUAUCGCUACUUCCCUGGGUUUGACUGGUUUUUCCUUGACCCCAUUACGAGCAGUGGAAUCAAAUUUGCAAACGAUGAAAACGUGAAGCACAUCUCCUGCUCCUUGCUCAUCCUGCACGCCGAGGACGACCCCGUGGUGCCCUUCCAGCUGGGCAGAAAGCUCUACAACAUUGCUGCACCCUCUAGAAGCUUCCGGGACUUCAAGGUUCAGUUCAUUCCUUUUCACUCAGACCUUGGCUACAGGCACAAGUACAUCUACAAGAGCCCCGAACUCCCACGGAUACUGAGAGAAUUCCUGGGAAAGUCAGAGUCGGAGCGCCAGCACUGAGGCACGUGAGGAGCAUGAAGAUCUCUGCCCCUGCCCCGCGACCCCCCUGGGCCUGGGCAGCGGGGUACAGGUCCUGGACGGCACGGAGGCUGUCGGGAAGGGCGGACGCCCGGCAGGCACGUGUGGCUUCCGGGCACACCCAGCACUGAGAGCUGGUCGUAGAGCGGACUCUGGUAGCCUGGCCAGCCUCCCUCCACCCUCGCCCACUUCCCUUCCUCAGCCCCUCCCUUGCAAACUCCGUCGCUCCCGAGGGUGCUG